AUGGAGGGAGCGGAGGGGUCGGGGGAGCAGAUGGCGCUGGGACGUGGACUUAAUCAGCACAUCUUUCUGAUGAUCACCGGCUUUGUCACAGGAGAGACAGCAUCACAGAAGCUGCGCUCAUCAAGGAUGGCCCGGGCAGAGAUUCUCGAGGACGACACGCCUAAACAUACAAUGCAGAGACUGGGCCUGGGGGGCCGGAGGGAGGGCAGGAAGGCCGGCUUUCGUCAGGGGGUCAGUGUCUGCAUGACGAUAUGUGGUGGACGCCUUCCAAAUGCCACAGCCUCGGUGGAAAGGUCACCUUUGAGGAUGAAAACUUCGCUUACCAUCCCUGUGAGGAAAUGGAACUUGGAGGGCAUUCUGGUGUCCAAACAAGUCAGCAGACAGGUUUCUGAGCAAAGGCUCCAGCCCCAGACGCAGAGGCGGUUAUUAGACCAGCGACCCUGGAAGGACUCGGGGCCCGGGGCGAGAAGGGGGGUGCAGACGCGCAUCACCUGUGACCCGGGCAUGGACGGCCCACCUGAGAUGCUCCCGUCGCUGCAGGAGGCGGACGUCGACGGCCGGGGAGGACGAGGCCAGGCCGCCUCGCGCGAGAACACGCCGCCUCAUGCGAGAACACGCCGCCUCACGCGAGAACACGCCGCCUCACGCGAGAACACGCCGCCUCACGCGAGAACACCCUGCCAGGCCCCUCCAGACCUCGCGGAGAGGGAGGACGGUGAGGACCCUCAGCGCAGGCCCAGUCCUCGGCGCAGGGACGGGCCGGGACCGGCCAACGGCUGCACCUCUGAGGCGCGGCCGCUGGGCUGA